GUGUGCGAAGCAGGUGCUUCGAGAGGAGUAACAAGUUUGCGCGCGGGUCCGGGAUCGGCGCGGCACCCAUUCAUUGCCUCUGAACAUCCAUCUGUCCCUUCGGUCAUCCUUCGGGAAGGGGCUUCAGCCACCUGGGGGCAGCCGCCACCCAGGGGACUACGACCAGAAAAGGAGCAGAAAGCCCGGCUGAGCCUCGCGGGCCCAGGCAGGGGACGGUGACGACCACCAUGCAGACGUGUGCCAAGGCCUGGGGGCUGCGUCUGGGUUGCGGAGUCGGGGGCGGCCGCCGCCUGGCUGGAGGAACAGGUCCCCGGUGGGCGCCGCGGGGCCGUGACAGAAGUAGCGGCGGCGGGGAUAGCGGCGGGGCCGGGGCCUCGCGCCUCCUCGAGCGCCUCCUCCCCAGACACGACGACUUCGCUCGGAGACACAUCGGCCCCGGGGACAAAGACCAGAAGGAGAUGCUACAGGCCCUGGGGCUGGCGAGCGUUGAUGAACUGAUCGAGAAGACCAUCCCUGCCAGCAUCCGCCUGAAAAGACCCUUGAAAAUGGAUGACCCUGUCUGUGAAAAUGAAAUCCUUGCAACUCUGCAUGCCAUUUCCAACAAGAAUGAAAUCUGGAGAUCGUAUAUUGGCAUGGGCUAUUAUAACUGCUCAGUACCACAGACAAUUUUGCGGAACUUACUGGAGAACUCAGGAUGGAUCACCCAGUAUACUCCGUACCAGCCAGAGGUGUCUCAGGGGAGACUGGAGAGUUUACUCAACUAUCAGACCAUGGUGUGUGACAUCACAGGCUUGGACAUGGCUAAUGCAUCCCUGCUGGAUGAGGCCACCGCGGCUGCGGAGGCAAUGCAGCUCUGCCACAGGCAGAACAAGAGGAGGAAGUUUUUUGUUGACCCCCGUUGCCACCCACAAACAAUUGCUGUCGUCCAAACUCGAGCCAAGUAUUCUGGAGUCCUCAUUGAGCUGAAGUUACCCCAUGAAAUGGACUUCAGCCGCAAAGAUGUCAGUGGAGUGCUGUUCCAGUACCCAGACACUGAGGGGAAGGUGGAGGACUUCACGGAGCUAGUAGAGAGAGUCCACGAGGCUGGGAGCUUGGCCUGCUGUGCUACUGACCUUUUAGCUCUGUGCAUCCUGAGGCCUCCUGGAGAAUUUGGGGUAGACAUCGCCCUGGGCAGCUCACAGAGAUUUGGGGUGCCUCUGGGCUAUGGUGGACCACAUGCAGCCUUUUUUGCUGUCAGAGAAAACUUGGUGAGGAUGAUGCCUGGAAGAAUGGUGGGGGUAACAAGAGAUGUCAGUGGAAAAGAAGUGUAUCGUCUGGCUCUUCAAACCAGGGAGCAACAUAUCCGGAGAGACAAGGCUACCAGCAACAUCUGUACAGCUCAGGCUCUCCUGGCGAAUAUGGCUGUGAUGUUUGCAAUCUACCAUGGGUCCCAUGGGCUGGAACAUAUUGCUAGGAGGGUGCAUAAUGCCACUUUGAUUUUAUCCGAAGAACAACGGAGAGUUUUGUCUAGCACUUUCUCCCCUUGGACUUCUCUUAAGAGUUUCAGCCCUGAUUUUCUUGGUAUUUCUCUUGAUGAAACAGUCAAUGAAAAAGAUCUGGAUGACUUGUUGUGGAUCUUUGGCUGUGAGUCAUCUGCAGAGCUGGUUGCUGAAAGCAUGGGCGAGGAGCGGAGAGGUAUUCUAGGGACUGCCUUCAAGAGGACUAGCCCAUUCCUCACACAUCAAGUGUUCAACAGCUAUCACUCAGAAGCAAAUAUUGUCCGAUACAUGAAGAGAUUGGAAAACAAAGACAUUUCCCUUGUUCAUAGCAUGAUUCCACUGGGGUCCUGUACGAUGAAGCUCAACAGUUCAUCUGAACUCACGCCUAUCACAUGGAAAGAAUUUGCAAACAUCCACCCCUUUGUACCUCUGGACCAAGCUCAAGGGUACCAGCAGCUUUUCCGAGAACUCGAGAAGGAUUUGUGUGAACUCACUGGCUAUGAUCGAAUCUCUUUCCAGCCUAACAGCGGAGCCCAGGGGGAAUACACCGGGCUGGCCUCUAUACGGGCCUACUUAGAUGCGAAAGGAGAGACACACAGAACGGUUUGCCUCAUUCCAAAGUCUGCACAUGGGACCAAUCCUGCAAGUGCCCACAUGGCGGGCAUGAAGAUUCAGCCUGUGGAGGUGGAUAAAUAUGGGAACAUCGAUGCAGCUAACCUCAAGGCUAUGGUGGAUAAACACAAGGAGAACUUGGCAGCCAUUAUGAUUACAUACCCAUCCACCAAUGGAGUGUUUGAAGAAAACAUUGGAGACGUGUGUGACCUGAUCCACCAACACGGAGGACAGGUCUACCUGGAUGGAGCAAACAUGAACGCUCAGGUGGGAAUCUGUCGUCCGGGAGACUUUGGGUCUGAUGUCUCACAUCUUAAUCUUCACAAGACCUUCUGUAUUCCCCAUGGAGGUGGCGGCCCUGGCAUGGGGCCCAUUGGAGUGAAGAAGCAUCUUGUUCCUUUUCUGCCUAAUCAUCCCAUCAUUUCGGUAAAACCAAGUGAAGAUGCUCAGGCUUUGGGCACCGUCAGCGCAGCCCCAUGGGGCUCCAGUUGCAUCUUGCCCAUUUCAUGGGCUUAUAUUAAGAUGAUGGGAGGCAAGGGCCUUAAACAGGCCACAGAAAUUGCUAUUUUGAAUGCAAACUACAUGGCCAAGCGGUUAGAAAAGCACUACAGAGUCCUUUUCCGGGGUGCAAGAGGAUAUGUGGCUCAUGAAUUUAUUUUGGAUACAAGACCCUUCAAAAAGUCUGCAAAUAUUGAGGCCGUGGAUGUGGCCAAGAGGCUUCAAGAUUAUGGAUUUCAUGCCCCCACCAUGUCCUGGCCGGUGGCAGGCACUCUCAUGAUUGAGCCCACCGAGUCAGAAGACAAGGCGGAGCUGGACAGAUUCUGCGAUGCCAUGAUCAGCAUCCGACAAGAAAUUGCCGACAUUGAGGAGGGCCGCAUCGACCCCAGGGUCAACCCACUGAAGAUGUCUCCACACUCCUUGACCUGUGUCACAUCCUCCCACUGGGAUCGGCCGUAUUCCAGAGAGGUGGCAGCAUUCCCACUUCCCUUUGUGAAACCAGAGAACAAAUUCUGGCCAACCAUCUCCCGGAUUGAUGACAUCUAUGGAGACCAGCACCUGGUCUGUACCUGUCCCCCCAUGGGUGUUUACGCAUCCCCGUUUUCUGAGCAGAAGAGGGCCUCUUCUUAGUGUUCUCUCCCUCGUUCAAGUGACUGACUUGAUGCGCUUCAGAGCAUCUCAUGAAAUAUUUCAUUUUCCACCACAGACUCAAGUAGGAGCUUUGUAUACUGUGUAUAUUCUCUCAAGGUGAAUGUAAAUACAGUUAGCACAGUGGGUGGAAGCUCAUCGUUGGAAGGUUGAUUUGCUUUGGUGCCUCUGCUUCCACACAUAGCAGUUGCCUUGAUUGGGACCCUUUAGUUUUUUGCAUAGAAGAUUUGGAGUGUGCUAGUAACUUUAACAUCAAUGUAGCAAGUCUAAAGAUGUUAUAGAGGCUAUACUGGAUAUCCAAUAGACAUUUUUAUUCCAAAUAAGUCCUUGUGGACUGUGCCAUCUGUGGGAAACCCCAGGGCAAAUGUUUACAUUUUGUAUACACUGAAGAAAUCUUUUUCCUCCUACUAAUUUACUCAAUCUGUAAUAGCAUUUGAGUGUUUUCAUUUUUCCGUAUGUGUAGUUUUUAAGUCUGCAAUUAAUAUUCUAAUAAAAGCAUUGCAAUUUGAA